CUUCUCACUGUUCUCCAUCCCGCCUUCUUGAGCUCUAGUCCUUCGAGCUGUACUCCUUUACCAUCCUGAUAUACUGAUUGUGACUCUCUAGCCCUGUUGCGAGAAGGCAUUAAUUCACUAUGCGUUCCACUGUAUCCGACGUGGACGACUUCGAUUCCCAACUUCGUGUCUUCGACAAUGUCUCCAAAUUCCUUCUAACGGAUGAUGUCGACCAGGUUUUCUGGUGGCAGACGACGGGACGGCACUUCGCGCGCAUGAUGCACGAGGCUCGCUACCCGGAAGCUCGCCAGGUCGAGUUGCUGCUCUUUUACCGAUUCGUGAUCGCCCCACGUCUGGGACCCCGGCCGAUCAGCGCCACCCCCAGAUUCUACAGUCGGGUCGCUCCAGGCGUCGGGGAUGGCUCUCCGAUCGGCUACAGCUGGCGCUGGGGCACUGGUCCUAACUCCAAACCCCAGAUCCGGCAUUACAUCGAGGCCAUUGGCCCGCUGACGGGGACGACAGCCGACCCGCUGAACGAGUACGCCGCCAAGGAGAUGCUGCACCAGUUGGGCCAGCUGGUGCCCGGGGUGGAGUUGCCCCUGGCGUGGAAGUUUGCCGCGCACAUUCGACCCAGCCUGACCGACGAGUCCACGCGAGCAGUGGCAGGUUCUUCCAUCCUAAUCGGCCUACAAUGUGCCCCGGACUCCCAAGGCAUCGAUGUGAUGGCAGGACUGAUGACCCGGUCACCGGCGCAGGUCCCGGUGCUCCUGCACACGAUUUUUCCGCGGGCCAUGCGGGAUGCCUACGGGCCAGACGCGUCGCUAGAUGGGCUGAACAUGGUGCGUGAAUUUCUGGAGCACGACCCGCACGGCCAGUACCUCACGAUCCUGGGCACGACCGCUAUCGAUUGCUGCGAUGCUGCUACUUCGCGGUUCAAGGUCUAUGUAACCACGGCAAACACUUCGUUCGCCCACUUGGCAGCGGUAAUGACCCUAGGUGGCCGCAAGCCCGAGUCCCCUGAGUCACUGUCCCAACUGCAAGCGCUAUGGUACGCUCUCAAGGCGCUGGAUCCCAAAUUCCCGACGACGGCCGAAGCCCCGAGCACUGUCAAUAACAACAACGGAACGACCACUAAUGGAACACCGAACAACGCUAAUGUCAGUGGCGUUACCUUCUACUUUGACAUUCAUCCCAAGUACAGCUUCCCCCAUAUCAAGCUACAGGUCGACGUCAGCAAGCAUACGACCAGCGACCUGGAUGCCAUCCACGCCGUGACGGAGUUUCUUACACGUCGUGGACAGGGUGCUGAUGCGCAGGCCUACAUCAACGUUGUGCGCGCCAUGAUCUCUGAUGAGGAGCUUCGUACGCGACGCGGCUUUCAGGCCUUUUUUGCCUUCGCCUUCAAGAAAGGGGAAGUAGACAUCACCUCAUACUUCCUGCCUCAGAUCUACCGGCGGUAUGUGGAAAUUGAGGACGAGCUGGCGCUGGAGGAGGGAAAUCUCAAGGAGAGAAUGAGUCCCAAGUCACAGCGCCGGAGCCGCUUCGAGGCUUACUAGUCAGUAGGGAAGUAUUAUGAGGGUGAUAGCGUCGUUGAGAAGUAGGUAGUAAAUUAAGUAUGUUAUGUAUGUCUCGAAAGGUC